CCGUUCAGUGGUUCUAUAUAGGAUGGUUGGAUGGGUCACAUACUUCCAUGAACUGUAGAAAGGUCUUUUGUUCUUCCCAUUUCCGAGAUCACCACCACCUCCUUCCUCCUCCCCUCUUCUACUUGGCCGGCAGCUAUAAUAGAGUCCAACCGUAGAAGAACUGCCUCAGAAUUCCAAGCUCCAACCAUGGCAGAAGACCCGUACACCAGCUGCUUCAAGGGAUACUUUGACCGCUGCACGUUCCCCUCAACUUUUCCUUCUUCCCUUCCUGCAACCACACACAGCUUCUACGCUAACUUCACCAACUACGCCACCCCUCACUUCCAACCAUCACCGCCGUCUCCUCCGCUGCGAGAAGCCCUUCCCCUCCUCAGUCUGAGUCCUACAAGGCACCACCGCCAGCAGCAGCGGCAGGAGGAGGGGGAGGACUCCUCCUGCAGUGCCUUCGAGGAAGCGGAAGGGGACGCUACGGUCGGCUACGAGAAGAAGAACAUGGAGGAGGAGACCGUGAGCGUAGCCCUUCAUAUAGGCCUCCCAAGCCCCAGCGAAGCUGAUCUCAUCUCCAGGAUCUCUUCUACUUCGGUGGAUGAUGACAAAGAGAGUGAAGAAGAUGGUGGUGGUGGUGGUGGUGGUGGUGGUAGCGAUGCUAUUCCUUUGGGUCACCCUACUGUGGGGAAGCUCACAAGGGGUCAGUACUGGAUUCCCACCCUUUCUCAGAUCCUCAUAGGCCCUACUCAGUUCUCCUGCCCUGUUUGCUGCAAGACCUUCAACAGAUACAACAACAUGCAAAUGCAUAUGUGGGGCCAUGGGUCGCAGUACAGGAAGGGACCGGAGUCGCUGAGGGGGACGCAGCCGACGGCGAUGCUGCGGCUUCCGUGCUACUGCUGCGCGCCCGGGUGCAGGAACAACAUCGACCACCCGAGGUCGAGGCCGCUCAAGGACUUCCGGACCCUGCAAACCCACUACAAGCGGAAGCACGGGAUCAAGCCGUUCAUGUGCCGGAAAUGCGGCAAGGCUUUCGCGGUGCGCGGCGACUGGCGCACCCACGAGAAGAACUGCGGCAAGCUGUGGUACUGCACCUGCGGCUCCGACUUCAAGCACAAGCGAUCGCUCAAGGACCAUAUCAGGGCGUUCGGCAGCGGGCACGCGGCCUACGGCAUCGACUGCUUCGACGAGGACGACGAGCCCUCGUCUGAGAUCGAGCAAGACUGCGAUCACCAUCAGCAGCAAGUGCAGGUGCAGCAGCAUACCCAGUCGGGGUACAUGGGCUAGGCAAGAAGAUGUUCCAUCUCCAUUUUCCUGAGCUCGAUCCAUGUAAUUCUCUUCCUUAUUGAUCAAGCAGUAGACUCUUAAAGAACAAGGUGUUGAUGCAGAUCUCCAUUCUCAUCCAUUGAGGUUACCUGUUUCUGAGUAUAAACAUAUAUGCUAAGUUGAUCG